AGUGAGACAUGAUAAAUGCAUCAGCAGCUCCUCCGCCUGCAUUGCAGUGAUCGCCGCUGUGAAGACAGCUCCACCCGCGCCGACACACACAAACAGACCGAAAAGCCACCUGAAAACAGCGGAGUCAUGCUGCUCCUAGCGCUGCUCUUCGUGUCUUCAGCUGUAGCGACCCCUCUACUGGGCACUGAGCAGUGUGCUCGUGGCCCCCCCUACUGGUGUCAGAAUGUAAAGACGGCGUCUCUGUGCGGAGCGGUGUCUCACUGCCAGCAGAACGUCUGGAGCCAACCCCAGAUGAAAUCAGUGCCAUGCGACUUGUGUAAAGAGGUGUUGACUGUUGUGGACCAACUACUGAAGGACAAUGACACUGAGACUGAGGUUCUUGGGUACCUGGAGAAGGCCUGCCAGCUCAUCCCCGAUCAAGGUUUGACUGCUGAGUGCAAGGAGUUGGUGGAUGAAUACUACCCCAUCCUCAUGGGAAUCAUUAAAGGAGAGCUGGACGAUCCUGCGGUGGUUUGUGCUGCCAUGGGGCUGUGUCAGUCUCAGCAGGCAGCCCUGGCUAAGGUUCAUGCCAGGGAGCAGCUCAUGUCCAAUGAAAUCCCUCAGGUGGACCUCACCCAGCAGGUGUCUCCCUUCCUCCUUAAUGUGCCCCAGCUGCUCUAUCCUCAGAAUAUCCCCAAGAAGGAGGGCCUAAAACAAGAGACUCCAAAGCAGGAUAUUGAUGUGUGCCAGGACUGUAUCAAGUUCCUGGCUGAUGCUCAAGAACAAGCCAAGGAAAACUCCUCAUUUGUCGACUCUCUCAUUGAGACUAUUGAGAAAGAGUGCGACCUGUUGGGACCGGGCAUGGCUGAUUUGUGCAAGCAGUAUGUUGGGGAGUACGGUUCUGUUGUCGUUCAGCAGCUCAUGUCCAUGGAACAGCAACCCAAGCAAAUCUGUGCCCUCGCUGGCUUCUGUAAGGAAAUGAAGAAGUCCAUUCCCAUGCUGAAGCUGCUGCCUGCCAAGACUGUACCCGCUGCCAAGGCUGUACCCGCUGCAAAGGCUGUACCUGCUCUCAAGCUUGUCCCUGCCACUAAGGUUGAGUCUGUCGCUGACAAGUCCGCAAAGCCCAUGGUGCGUGUCCGUGAUUCCCCAAAAUGUACCAUUUGUGAGUUUGUGAUGAAACAGUUGGAGUCUAUGUUGGAGGAUCAGACAACAGAGGAGGAGGUGGUUAAAGCUGUGGAGAAGGUGUGCACAUAUCUGCCAUCUUCCGUGCGUGACGAGUGUAAGGACCUGGUUGAGACCUACGGCCAGGCCAUCAUUGAGCUGCUGGUGCAGCAGGCUGACCCCAAGACCGUCUGCACGGUGUUGGCACUCUGCAAUGAUGCCAGACGUACAUUUGUCCCUGCACUCGACCAGGCUCGCUUUAAGGCCGGUGGCUUCUGCCAGGUGUGCAAGCUGGCUGUUCAUUACAUUGAUGAAAUGCUUGAGAAGAACGCAACAGAGGCAGAGAUUGAGGAAGCUGUGAGGAAAGCAUGCAGCUUCCUGCCUGACUCUAUGCAGACUGAGUGUGACCAGAUGGUCCAACAGUAUGAACCAAUGCUCAUCCAGCUUCUUCUCCAGAUGCUCGACCCAGACUUUGUGUGCAUGAAAGUGGGAGCCUGUCCUGAGGCUGUGCACAGGCUGCUGGGGACCGAGCAGUGCAGCCUGGGGCCUGAAUACUGGUGCAAGAACAUGGAGACAGCAACUCGAUGCGAUGCUGUGACUCACUGUAGACGCCAUGUGUGGGUAUAGAGGAAGAGGAAGCACAAACUGACUUGUAGGGAAUUAAAAGAAAAAAAAUACUGUAGUGCUGCUUCCCACUUUUAAUUUUUGUCCCGUUUCCUUUUUUAAUGGACUUCAAUGACUGCAGUUUGUUUAAAUUAACAUUGAUAUUUUGAAUGAUGUCAUGGUGGAAAGGGACUGGACUGUUUUUUUUCUUGGGGGGUGGGGCAGGGGAGGAGUGAUGAGGUGUGUAGCGGCCUGCAGCUCAGCCUGCAGCUCAGCCUGUUACCGCUUUACUGAGCAGAAGUUACAAAGCAUCAUUGGGCUUUGUGCAGAUUUGCAUUAUUUGAUUUGUACUUACCUUUGUUGCUUGCUAGGUGUGGUUUAUGUAAGAACACAAAGUUUCACAUGUUGUAUUAUGCUGACACGGCAUCAGAUAGCUGCUGUGUCAGCAUAAAUCCCCCCCGACCCCCCUACCUGGAUUUGAUUCCUUCUCCCUGGAGGAACUACUUGCAAAUAGCAGAAAUUGCUCAGUUUAAAAAUUGCUGCCAUUACUUAUAGCAGUAUGUCAGAUCCUUCUAUUUCCUUUGUUUUGUAGAGAGAAAAUCUGUUGUAGUUUUAAGGAGCUGAUAUGGAGGUAAUUGGUCUCAGAGUGUACCUCCCACUCGCCUCCAAUUGUUUGCACUCUUCCAGCUGUUUGUACGUCACUGUUUCUAAUGUACAGAGAGCAUCUUAAAUUCAUUUGUUGUCUGCCUCAAUCCCUGAGCCAACUGUCACUUGAUCUGUAAAUUUUUAACAAUUAAAGUGAUCCCAAUCCA